AUAGGAUAACUCGUGGAGCUUAAUGCUGUGGUGAUGUGCAACUGCAACCUGGCUACAUGUGCAUCAAACUAUUUGACACGUGGAUAAACAAGUGUUCGUUCAUAUGCAAUGCACAUCAUUUGACAUAAACACAGUGGAGGUGCCAUUCCCAUGCUGCAGGAUAACAUCGGCCAAUAGACGAUCAAUGAAAGUUGGAUAUAGCCCACAUUACUAGUUAUGCUAGCUGUUUAUAAAAUGUCGCUCACGAGUUUAUAGUGUUUAUUUAUGAAGGUAGACCUCCAAAUCUGUUGUACAUGUAGAGUCAGUCCUACUGACUGGACGUUGAGAGAUUGAACAAAUGUUCAUAAGAGUUCGCAUGCCAAUUGUGUCGGUCACAUUUGAGCUACAGUGUUACUACUGACGCACACGAAAAGGAUUAAAAUGAAGCAGGGACCAUCUUUGCCACUAAUUCUUGCAACAUUGAGUUCCUGCCUCCAGUUUUUAAAUUCUGGUGAUGUGAAGUGGAAUUUUAAUCAAUCUUCCUGAUGAGCACAUUCCAUUCUUUUUUGAAAACUGUCCAGACCUCAAGCGACAGUGUGAAAAGGAUGAUAGUUGCCCUUUUAAGGAUGAAAGAAAAGAAAGAACAAAUCGAUACAUUUUGGAGACAAGCAGAUUUUGGAUAUAUUGUUGACAGAAAACAAGAACUAAAAACUUUCUGCCACCCACAGUCUGAGAAAGAUUCUUCGCUGGAAUGUGUCCGAUAUUUCAGAUUUUGUAGAGCAAAAAAUUUAUACAUGGAUUUCAAGGGGGCCAAUUUUGCAGACCACCAGGACAGGUACAGGGAAGACAUGUUUCCAAAUCCUGGUCAAGUAGGAGGACAUUGUAAAUUAGACAAGGCAGCUAUAACAUUAGAAGGAGAGCACAAAAGUCCACUCCAGUCAUGGUUUGCAGAGUUGGAGAGAUAUUCAUCAUUGGAUUUUUACCCAUCAGAUGAUGAAAACUGUGAUAUUGUCCUCAAUAAACCAACAUUCCUCAUAAAACUGGAUGCAGGUGUGAACUUGUACCAUCACUUCUGUGAUUUUAUCAACCUUUACGUUUCUCAGCAUAUGAACAACUCCUUUAGUACAGAUGUCUAUAUUGUGAUGUGGGACACGAGCUCCAUGCAUUAUGGAGACUUGUUUGAGGUAACAUGGAAAGCCUUUAGUGAUUACCCAGUGAUCUACCUGAAGGAUUAUGAUAACAAAAGGGUGUGCUUUAAGGAUGCUGUGUUUUCUUUUCUAGCCAGAAUGAGAUAUGGAAUGUACUAUAAUAUGCCUUUGAUCCCAGGUUGCCACAGCAGCAGUCUGUUUAAGGCCUUUUCCCGGCAUAUGUUGCACAGACUUCAGGUGUUCCAAGAUGGACCACUAAAAGACAAAAUCAGGAUAACUUUACUUUCCCGCGGAACGAUGUACAGAAAUAUUCUGAAUGAAGCUGAGUUAGUAGAGGCCAUGAAAGCAAUUCCAGAUUUUGAAGUUCGUUUAGUGAAAUACAGCUUCAGGGAGAUGAGCUUUAUAGAACAAUUGAAGAUAACCCAGAACAGUGACAUUUUUAUUGGCAUGCAUGGAGCAGGGCUCACUCACCUGCUCUUCCAGCCGGACUGGGGUGUUGUUAUGGAAUUGUACAAUUGUGAGGAUUCUGGUUGCUAUAGUGACCUAGCUCGCUUGCGGGGUAUACAUUACAUGACAUGGGAGAAGAGUGAUAAAGUCUACCCAGAAGACGAGGGCCACCAUCCAACUCUUGGAGCACAUGCCAAAUUUACCAAUUACAGUUUUGAUGUGAAGGAGUUCAUGAGGUUAAUCCAAAAGGCAGCCAACUAUGUGAAGACAAAUGGAGACUUCAGGUCAAAGAGGAAAGCUAAAUAUGCAAACAAGGCAUCAGGAAAAGAAGAAUUAUGAUUGAUUUAUUAUAAUAAUUUUGUCACUUAAGUAAUUUAUGCUUUAUUUUAUCAUGCCAAGUUUUAUUAUGCAAAUGACUGAUUUUUAACAACAUGUGUAUAGACAUUACCGUGACAUGUUUUAGACACAAAUAAAUAGUAUAUUUACAGUCUAGGCAUAUAUACAUAUUUUAAACAAUAUUUUCAUGUAUUUUCUCUUGUCUCUUUCCUGACCCUUGUAUGUUUUGUAUGUUUUACUUGUAUGUCUUGCUCUAAUGAAAUGUCAUUAGUGGUGCUGAUUGUUAUACCCUUUUUAAACAUUUUGAUGUUUUUAGAAACCAUGCAGGAGAAGAUAAUUGAAUUUUGGUCUAAAUACUUGCAGAAAUAGUUUAAAGAAUAUUGAUCAGAUUUUUAUUUUGACCAGUUGUGGGACCAAAGAAAAAGUUAGAGAGUUAAAUUACAUAAACUCGAGAUUUCCUCAAAUGAAAAAGGAAGAAGUGUAACAGGCCAUAACAAAGAUGAGGUACUGGUGUGUUAAAACAGUGUUGGAAAGAGUCCGUGUCUCUCAGGUUAGACAUUUUGUGAAGCCUGAAUUGAAUGUGUAAAAUUUAGAUAUAUGGUGAGGUGUAUGGUUGCAUGUAUUGGAGUUUGUUGUGUUAAAAGUCAGAGGUAUACCUAUGUCUAAUUUCUUUGUUCGUCACUUUGUAAAGUAGUGAAUAAGACUUCUUUGUUUAUUAUCAUUUCACGAAUUUUGUUGCAACUUUAAUUGUUGAGCUGCAUAUUACCACUUUUUAUCAUAACCCAUGUUACAUUAUGUAUCUGAUCCACAACACUCCAUUCUUCCAAUGUCCACUGUGUGAUUCCUUGCCCGUUGCAGCAGUCAGGAAAGAGAUCUGAAAUAUUCUAAUGGAUUACAUCUCUAUCAAUAAGGCAAUGGGUGUAACACACUGUAAGUCAUCUGAUUCAUGAAUGUGAGAAAUGCUAACAGGAGAUGUGAUUCAGCUGUUUUAAUCUAUUAAAUUGUUGUUACACAGGCAGUUUGGCAUUCGGAUAACAAAAGCUUUUGAAGUAGUACUGAAUUCCUUUUUCUCAGUCACACAACUCAAUAAUUCUUUGUCCAAGUUUGAUGCAAUUUUAAAUUUAUUUUGUUAAAUGUAUGUAUGUGUCCAAGUAUGUCUGCAAACGCUUGUUGUAUUCCAUUUAUAGCAUAAUCUAGCAUUAUCUCAAUGCAUUAAAUAUGUAUUUCUGUGAUGUAUGUGACUGAAUGGAGCAAACAGAUAGAAGAAGCUUUCUAUUUAACAUGUUUUCAGACCAUUUAUUGAGUCAGAUUAAUGCUUAUUUUCCAUGCGGCCAAAUGAUGCAGGUAAAAUAGAAAAACAAAUAGAUUGAAGGGUAUUUUGAUUUCACUAGUCUCAGGGUUGAUGUACCAGAUAUAUGCAUGUGAUUUGGAUUCAGAUGUGUAUUCUGAAUGACGAUGUUUAAAAGUGAGUUUAAAAAUAAUUUCACUUGUUGCUUUUGUGGCGAAUUAUUGUACUUUUUACCCGUUCUUCUCAAACGUAAUAUUUUUAUGAUUUGUACUUAAUUGACAAUCCAUUGUGUUCUUGUUGUUGUGGUUUGUUUUUCCACCUGUGAAUGUUUAAUUUUGCGAAAUGACCAGAUUUUUACCACUUGUGCCAUGGCUUUUCUUCAUCCAUGCACAUGUAUAGCCUUGCGCAAAUGUGGAGUAAGUAGGAGUAUUAGGAUGAUGUGAGCCACCUUUCACUCCCAGUCGAUUUUAAAUACUACCACAAUACAAAACAAUAUGUACUAUUGAAACAAGGUUAGAGCAUUUAUUAGUUACAUACCUGUUUUAAAUUGUUGUUUUUCGAUUAUGUAUGCCCUUAUUAAUUUAUCUUCACUUAUGUACAAUAUUGUUAAAAUGAUUAUAACCAGAUGUGAGGUUGGACUGGGAAUAAUAGCUCUUAAUUGUUUUUUACGGUAUACACUCUACAGUAUCAUAUAGAUCCACGACCUUUUUCCCUACAUACCUGUUUUACCCCAUUAUAUUAACAAAUACAGAAAUUUUCUUAUUUAAACAAAGAUCUAAGAGUUUAAGUUUUCUUCCUGUUUAUUUGAAUACUCUUUUCAUGGUAUAUAAACUUUAGCACGUUUCUAGAAGGGCUUCACUUAAGAAGAUUUUGAAAACCAAUCUCAUCGCUUUGAAAGUUACAUAGUCAUGCCACUUUUGUCGAAACUGCACUUGAACUGCUUUACUUAGA